GCGUCUUUCUUAUACGCUCUGAUAAAAAUUUUUCUUAAAAUUCUUCAAGUAAUUUUUCAAAAUUACUAUAUAAAUAUAUUUAGUAUUUUCCACAUAUUCUAUAUAAUUUCACAACUUUUUUAUAGAAUUUCUCAAAUGCAAUAAAAGGAAAGGAUACCGCAAGAUUUCUAAAAGAAAAAAAUAAAUUCUCUUACUAGUAUGAAAGAAAAAAAACUAGAGAGAGAGUGUAUCGGCCUCUGCGACGCGCACACUUUAUCAUGCUACAUUCGUUAUAUAUUAAUGGACAAUCGAAUGCAAUUCUUACUUCUUCAUAAAAACCGUCGCUAUAUUAUUAUUCCGCAUAUCCCAGAUGUCUUCUGCCUUUCGUCGCAUGCAAUAAUAAUGUCACCAUUAAUUCAAGGUCCAAUCGGCAGUUGUCACAUCAUCACGAUUCGCGAUACAUUCUUGUAAUUUAAAUUUAAAUUUAUUAAAAAUGCAAAGCUGACUAGAUAACGGAAAGUUCGAGAAGUAAUUAAAGUACAUAGAUUAAAGAAAUAUUAUACGCCAGUGUCCAAGACUCGCGGGUAUCGAUCGAUCGCGACGAUGAUACAGGGGGGUAGCGAACGCAGCAAAUUCAUGUUAACGUUCAUUUUUAAAUAAGACGGAAUAAGGUGGAACUGUGGCAUAUACCUCCAAUAGCAUACAGAUAGUCUUUGUAGAAUUGCAUGUAAUGUUUCAUGAAACGAUUAGCAAAACUUAUUUAUGCAUGAAUUAUCUAUUGCGGAAGUCAAAGUAAAUUUCUAAGUAAGAGGAAAUAAAGAAAAGCGAUACGCGGUGUAUAAAACGCCGAUGCGGGAAAAUGGAUAUAAUAGCAUCCUGAGAACGUUGAAUUGUCUUUUGUAAGAAAUAUUUUUAUCGAGACUUUACCUAAGAUCCUCGCGCGAAACCCUUCCCUUUGGAACUUUUAACCGAGAACGAUGCACACACUUCCCUUAUCGUUCGCGCUGUUGACGUACACCGGAUACUGGCGACCCGUUCACUUGACAUCCAUCAAAUACUGGGCUAAACCUGUAAAUCAUACUCACACCACUCAUAUUUCUCCUAAUAUUUUCGCGAUAUUUCUCCAACGUUUCUCCAGGAUAAUCACCAUAUGUUGCGAGAUACUGAACGAGUCGGCCGUCUUCUUUGCCACGGUCGCGCAAUUCCGGUUCUUUGUCAGCACCCGGACCUUACCGCUGUCCGACUGGGUGCCCUACGACAUCUCAUCGACGACCGCUUUCUGGGCGACCAUGCUGCACCAAACCAUCGGGCUGAUGGUCUGCGCGAACGCCAGCGUCGCCCACGAGACUCUCAUCUCCGGUUUUAUGAUCCAGACGUGCGCCCAGUUGGACAUACUCUGCCAUCGCGCUCGCACGUUGCCAGAUUCGCUGCGAGAGGCCCGGAAAUGCAGCACCUCGAAGGAAGACUUCAAGGCGCGAGGACGGCGACUCGUACGCGAGCUCGUCCAUCAUCAUCGCUACGUUUACAGAUUUGCGGAGCGCAUCAAUACGGUGUUCACGCUAAUGAUUUUCGUGCAAUUCACCGUAAGCUCAACGGUGCUCUGUCUCAGUAUUUACAAAAUGUUGACGAAGAACUUGCUGAGCCUCGAGUUCGCGUGGAGCUUUUCGUACCUCGGUUGCAUGCUUAUGCAAAUUUAUUUGUACUGCUGGUUCGGCAACGAGGUAACACUGAAGAGCACCGAAAUCGGAAGCGCCAUUUAUGAAAUGGACUGGCCGAUGCUUCCUACUGAUUUAAUGAAGACCCUUCUGGUGAUAAUCACGCGAGCUAAGAGACCGAUCAAGAUAACUAGCGGAUACAUAGUUACAUUGUCCAACGAAUCGUUUAUGAAGAUCAUCAAAAUUUCUUACUCGGCAUACAACGUUCUGCAAGGGUCGUAGUACGAGCAAAAUCGUCUUUUUCGGUCAUGUGCC